CUUUAGCUAAAACUACAGCCGGGCGCUUCUAAAUUAUAUUUAGCCACUUAAAUUUGGUAAAUUGAACUCAACAAGCAAUAAAGAAAGUGCAACAUUUCGGCAUUGACAACUACUGCAGCGUACUUGGCACACUUCCAUUCCAAUUGAGCACCAGCAGCAACAAGCAAAGUCCACAAAUAACAAUACAUACACUCUCUGCAUGACGUAGUGCGCCGAAAAGUGAAACGGCAACAAACACGAAACGACGUCAACAGAUUGAAAUCUGUGAACUGUGCGCUGUAGCAUUUAGCCAGCUGCUUUUGGUGGCGGCUGCAGCAUGUUGAUGCGCGGCGUGUUGCUGUUGCAUCGCAAACAACAACAGUUCACGCGAGCCGCAAGCUUAUGGGGGCGCCAACAUGUACACUUUGGCUCGUGGUCCUAUGGCCUGCAAUGCAAUGAGUGCGCGCCGCUGCGUCUACAAGCACGCAGUCGCCUGGGUGGAGGAGGAGGAGGAGAAGUCAACAACAGUUUCUGGUCCAUGCAGGUGCGAUGCACCGCAAGCGGUGACAAGGGCCAUGAUCUUAAAGACCUGACCCCGAAGGCUUCCGCAGACAAAUCUGAUCAGAAAAAGCUGGACAGCAAAGAUAAAAAAUUGCCCGUCGUACAGACGAAGAACUUUGAAGUAAAAACCUCCAAGGGCAUACUCUCAAUUACCACGACCAUUGAGGACUCGAAGAUCAAUGAAAUUGUAUUCGAAAAGACGGAGUUGUCGCCGGUGGCCAAGCUGAACGAACCCGCCAUAAACGUAAUGCCUAUGUCGAAUACAUCAGGCAUGGAAAAGGCCACACCACCAUCCAGCGCACCAUCUCCACCAGCGCCAAACGCUAUUGCGCUGAUGCGUAAGGAUGACGUAGAAAGACCGCCAACUACGUCGUUAGUGCCGCCAGCGCCAUCAGUGACAACCACGCCGACGCCAAAGCGACCGCGCUUUGAUUACCGCAUGUCACUGGAGCGGAAUUUUGUGACACCCGCGCGCGCCUUAUCUGAUUUCAUGCUAACCCUGUCGGAUCUGGAGAAACUUCCCAAAAUCAAGCGCCGCUCACCCUACGAACAGGAACCGCCCAUGACCGUUUACUGGCGACGCGAUGUCGAGGCCAAAGCGCUAGAAGUGUGGGGCUCGAAGGAAGGCAUUGUUCGGGAACGACUCAAGCGCGAUGUGGAGCGCAAACAGUAUCAGCAGAAUGUGUUUACGGUGAAGCGGCGCCUGCGCGACUAUCGACGAGAGGUGGGCUCACGCACCAAAGGGCUGACAGAUAAUAAUACGAAUGCGGAGAAGUCUGGUCAAGUGGUGGCCACGGCCAUUGCUAUCAACGCAGCCAAUCUGCUGUUUAAGACAGGCGGUUGGAUGUAUAGCGGAUCGCACAGCAUGUUUGCGGAGGUCAUACACUCGCUGGCAGAUCUGAUCAAUCAGCUAAUACUGGCCUUUGGCAUCUACAAGUCAUCACAGUUACCCGAUACGGAUCAUCCCUAUGGCUAUAUGAAUAUGCGCUACGUCUCCUCACUCAUCUCUGGCGUUGGCAUCUUCUGCGUGGGCAGCGGCUUAUCAAUCUACCAUGGCAUCGAGGGCAUUCUGCAUCCGCAGCCUAUCACAGAUCUCUUUUGGGUUUAUUGUAUACUCGCAGGCUCGCUUGUUUCCGAGGGCGCCACGCUGAUGGUGGCCAUCAAUGAAUUGAAGCGCUCAGCAAAAGUAAAUAAUAUGAGCUUCAAAGAUUAUGUUAUUGCCGGCAAGGAUCCCUGCGUAAAUGUGGUGCUUUGCGAAGAUGCUGCAGCUGUGGCUGGUGUCAUGAUUGCUGCCGGCUGCAUGGGCCUGAGUAGUUACACAGGGUCCCCUAUAUUUGAUGCGGCGGGCUCGUUAGCUAUUGGUGUGCUGUUGGGUGCUGUCGCUUCCUUUAUCAUUUACACAAAUGCCAAUGCGCUGGUAGGCGUCUCCAUAUCCAUGGAUCGUUUGGAGAAGAUCAAUGCGGCGCUAGAGGCUGAUGUGAUGAUUCGCGCUAUUUACGAUGUCAAAGGCAUAGACAUUGGCAAUGGUCGAGUGCGAUAUAAGGCUGAGCUAGACUUUGAUGGACGCGAACUGACGCGUUCGUAUUUGGACAAACAAGAUUUGAACAAGCUGCUAGCAAUUGUGCGAGGUUUUCGUAAUGUCGAUGAUCUGGAGGGUUUCUUGCUUGACCAGGGCGAAAGCAUUGUGGAUCUGAUGGGUGGAGAAAUUGAUCGCAUAGAAAUGAAUCUGCGCACACAUUUUCCAGAAAUACGUCACGUCGAUCUUGAAAUACUCUAAAGGCUCUCCUGAUGGCUGCUACUGUAAUAAUACGUUGGCUUGGACGUGCUGGAAUGUAUUUCCCCUAAAAGCUCUCAAUCAAAAUUGCCUGUGUAAUUUUUCUAAUUAUUUCGGUUGUGCACAUUUAUAUGCAAAAGUGAGUCGUGUUGGCAAAAAUUUUAGUUUGGUAUAUAAUGUCCGGCUGCCUUUUAUUUUCUCGGGUAGGUUAUGAAAAUCGCAAACAGAAAUUAACUAUAGCUAACAUUUGCAGUCGUUAUUUAAGUGUACAGCCUUAGGCCCAUAUUCUGAAAUUCCGAUCUUAAUGCGCGCUUAAAAGAUUUAAAACUUGGCAUGUAAGUUCAUAAUUUAAAUGUAUUACGCUUGCUCAUCGGAUAACUUAAAUAUUGAGAUAAUUGCACUUAAACUAUACCGAAAAUUCUGCUAUGUAUUUUAAUA